AUGUCGCAGCCUAACCCUCUCAAUACUUCCAAUAGCCAAGCAGAAAAUAGCAAUCAAAUCAUUCCAGCCCGAGAGGAAUCCUCUCACCUCCCAUCUCAAACAGAGGAAACUCCAUCCCCUACCCAACCGCAACCAAAUUUGAAUUCCACACCCAACUCUAUUAUGAUGAUUGAAAAUGCCUCUUAUUUUUCCCAGGGAAACAUGGACAUUGAGCAUAACAAUCUCCAAAUAACUGAAACCUACCCUGACUCCCCGAUAGUCGCAAAAGCAAAAGGCAAAUCUUGGAAGAGAUCAACCAGCAAGGAUGGUCGCCUCAUGAGACAAGAGGAUCGAACUUCCAUUGUACCUGAUUCAACAAUUAACUAG